CUGAGGUCAUGCAAGACCUGUAGACCCUCUUUGCCACGAUUCGCAAUGGCAACACCGAAACAGAUACAAGCGUCAUUUCUUACUGAGCAUUUUGGCUGGACUCCAAUUUCUUUCAUAGAUGAGGUCAUUAAUUCCAUAAACGUGAUCAUAACCCAAGGGACAGACUCAAUCGAACAAGCGUUAUUGAGUGCCGAUGCAGGUCGCGACCUAGGCUGGUCGGCGAAGGCUGCCUCGAAUAAUCAAAUCCCAGAUACCGAAACAGGCGAGGAUGGUGUGACGAAGGAGGUCUUCGGCGAUGACCCCAAGAAUGAAAUUGAAGAGGGUGUGCUUAAGCUCGAGACAUUGCUCGAGAAUACAGUGGACAAGAACUUCGACAAAUGGGAGAUCUGGGUGCUGCGCAACGUCUUGAGCCUAGGGAAGGACUGGGAAGGCUCAGAAGGCUGGAUACGGUUAAAGGGCUACGAAAAUCUCCAUCUACCAACCUCAACGACCCUGGAAGACCAGGCUCCUACGCCUGAAUCCCUCAUGUCACUUCGCCGCAAGCUUCAAGAGACCCAAAAACUUCAUACCCUACUUCUCGCAGAGAAAGCGCGCAAUCAUGCUGUUCUCACACAACUGAAUCCCCUCCUCACACCACAAAGCCAACCACCGAAGACCUCGCCUCUACCUAAACAAGAACCCAAAUCCUCCACGUCACCUCUCAACCCUACGAAGUUGACUGACGCAAGACCCGAUUUUUCCUUUAUAACCACACAGCAACCUGGCUCGCUGCAGAGCAAUACGACAUUCCCAUUGACACAGCUCCCACUUCUAAGAAAGCAUUUGGACGCGCUCAGACCAUACUUGAAAGGCUUGCCGGCCGAGCCAGGGCUGCCACGGACCGAGGCAGGCAUGAGAGCAAGAGAGAGAAGCGAAUACGUAGAGGCUCAGACACGCAGAAUACUAGAGCGACGAGGAGUAGAUGUACAAGGAGGCGUAGGCGGUGGGCUCGGUCGCAGAGUUGCUCCGGACGAGGUCAGGGCACUGGAGCAGGUUGUGGAUAUACUGGGAAGGAACCGAAGCGAGGAAGAAGAGGAAGAACACCACCCACAGGAUAAGAUGGAUCUUGAUGAAUAAAUGUUGUAACGCCGAAAAAUUACGGAAUCUGCUUCAAGCGCGGCGUUUGUGGGCGCAUUAUAUCGGCGUUGGAGAGGGCAUCUAUGGAUGACCUGGGCCCAGAAGAGCCUGCUUGCGACCAAUGCAGGAUAGUCAGACUUAUAUUGGGACUUUCAGUUCCUGUAAGGCAAUGUGUACAGAUCUUACGCUAACGCAGCGGAAUUCGAACCUCAAGAUGAUCUCGAACC